CUGAUGCUUAGGCAUGUGCUAGCUCUCAUGUCAUACCCCCUUCUUUCUGGUCUUCCCUGGCCUUAUGGAAGCUUUUCCUCCCUUGCCUGAUGACAGCACUAUCAUGUGUUUGUCAUGUUAGUAAGGGCUCUGAGAAGCAUGGAUAAAGUGGAAGUGGCAGACCGAUCGUGUUGGUUGCCUUGGGGUUGGAGAAUGUGUGUAAGACAGGGUUUCUUUGUGUAGUUCUGGCUGUCCUAGACCUCACUGUGAAGACCAAGCUGGCCUUGAACUCAGAGAUCCAUAAACUUUUGCUUUUUGAGUGCUGGGAUUAAAGUAUAUUUAUCACUUUUAGAAGCCUAGCUGGUUUCUAAUUUUCAACUAAUUUUCCCACUAUGUCCCAGAUUGGGCACUACAUCACAUCUUUGGCAUCUCAUGACUGUCUCAUGAGAUGGUAAGCUGUUGGAAUUUUUUGUUUUGUUUGAGGCAGGGUCUUUAUAUUGCCCUGAUGCUUCUGGAACUCACUCUGUGGACCAGGCUAUUUUGAACUCACAGAGGUCCACCUGGCUCUGCCUCAAAAAUGCCAGGAUUGAAGGUGCGCAUCGCAAUUCCGGGCGGCCGCUGUAAACUUAAUAGAGGUUAGUGCUGGGCUUUCAGCUCGUUUGGUAGACUGCUUGCCUAGUAUUCUGGAAGUUGCUGGGUUUGAUCUCCAUCACCACAUAAAUGGGAUGUAGAAGCAAAAGGAUUAAGAGUUCAAAGCCAUCUUUGGCUGUGUAGCAAAUUCAAAGUUAGCCCUAGGUUACAGGAGAUGCUUUCCCAACAACAUAAAAACCUCACAAAAAACCUAAAAUAUGCUGGGUGUGGUGGUGCAGGCCUUUAAUCCCAGCACUCAGGAGGCAGAAGCAGGGGGAUCUCUUGAGUUGGAGGCCAGCCUGGUCUACAGUUUUGUUUUGUUUUUUUCUUUUCUUUUUUUUUUUUUCGGAGCUGGGGACCGAACCCAGGGUCUUGCGCUUGCUAGGCAAGCGUUCUACCACUGAGCUAAAUCCCCAACCCCUGGUCUACAGUUUUAGUACAGCCAGGGCUAUAGGGAGAGAAGUUGUCCUAAAGAACAAAACCUAAAAGACUCUGCUUUGGGUUAUGAAGAUUGGCUCUCUUCCCUCAGAGAGUUAUAGGAGCAGAAGUCCAGACAUUAUCCACAUCCAUAUCUUUUUGGGAGUUGAGGCCCAAGAGCCUCAUUCAUUUGCUCUUCAACUUCUGCUCAUUCUCCUGCUUCCUAAUAUGGUGGCAGGUGCUAAGACUAAGGAUGAGUAAUGUUGCUGGUCUCAGAGAACCUCUCAGGGUUAUCAGAACAGCGAGUAAGAAAGGCAGGGAUUGUAACCCAGUGACCAUUGUGAUGGUCUGCUGAGGACAAGCGAUAAGGAACUUAGAGAACCAAGGUGGAUCUAAGCCUGGCAGGACAAACCUGUAAUCAGAGUUACUCAGAAAGCUGAGGCUGGAAGAGUCAAAGUUCAAGGCCUGUAUGGGCUGAAGAUGAAGUUCAGACUAGACUACUUAGCAAGACCCUGUGUUAAAAGGGGGAAAUAGCUCUGGGGCAGGCAAAGUGUUCGCCAUGUGCUCGUAAGGGCCUAAGUUUAAUCUCUAGUUCUAAGAUAAAAGGGAGAGAACUAGAAGGACAUGGGGAGAGAGCAUCAGUCUUCUUGGCAAGGCCUAAGGAGAUGCUUCACUUGUGCUUAAUCUCAGAAGACUAUAGAAGUUGGUGGGAAUUGUGUGGAAGGUGUCAGACUUAAGCACAAGAAUGGAGAACAUGGUGUAUUGGGUAACCAGUGGGAAGGUCUGUGGGGCUACACAAGGGGAAUUUGUAUGAGGCAGAAACAGGAUAUGAGGCCUGAGCCAUGGAAAGCAGCUGCAUUGUUGUUUUUCAUCACUGAGAACCUUGCCUGAAGCAGGUCCACUAUGCCCUUAGUAACCAGGAACAUCGAGCCAAGGCACCUGUGCCGUCAGACGUUGCCUAGCGAUACAAGCGAGCUGGAAUGCAGGACCAACAUCACCCUGGCAAAUGUCAUCCGACAGCUGGGCAGCCUGAGUAAGUAUGCGGAGGACAUUUUCGGAGAGAUUUGUACUCAGGCAAGUGCCUUUGCCUCCCGAGUGAACUCCCUUGCUGAGCGGGUUGACCGGGUACAAGUUAAAGUCACUCAGCUGGAUCCCAAGGAAGAAGAAGUGUCACUGCAAGGAAUCAACACUCGUAAGGCCUUCAGAAGCUCUACCAUCCAAGACCAGAAGCUUUUUGACAGAAAUUCCCUUCCAGUACCAGUCUUGGAAACCUAUAACAGCUGUGACGCUCCUCCUCCUCUUAACAAUCUAAGUCCUUACAGGGACGACGGAAAAGAGGCGCUCAAAUUCUACACCAACCCUUCGUACUUCUUUGAUCUUUGGAAGGAGAAGAUGCUGCAGGACACCAAGGAUAUCAUGAAAGAGAAGAGAAAGCACAGGAAAGAAAAGAAAGAUAAUCCAAACAGAGGGAAUGUGAACCCACGUAAAAUCAAGACACGCAAGGAAGAGUGGGAGAAGAUGAAAAUGGGACAAGAAUUUGUGGAGUCCAAGGAGAAGCUGGGGCCUUCUGGAUACUCGCCCGCCUUGGUGUACCAGAAUGGCAACUUUGGCUCUGUUGAAAACGUGGAUGCGACAAGCUACCCACCACCGCCACAGUCGGACUCUGCCUCCUCACCUUCCCCUUCAUUCUCUGAUGACAACUUGCCUCCCCCACCAGCAGAAUUCAGCUACCCUGCAGACAACCAAAGAGGAUCUGUCUUGGCUGGACCCAAGAGAACCAGCAUGGUCAGCCCAAGCCAUCCACCCCCAGCUCCUCCUCUGAGCUCCCCGCCAGGUCCCAAACCUGGCUUUGCCCCUCCACCUGCCCCUCCACCUCCACCUCCAAUGAGCGUGCCGCCUCCACUGCCAUCUGUAGGAUUCGGGUCUCCUGGGACCCCUCCACCACCCUCGCCUCCCUCUUUCCCUCCCCACCCUGACUUUGCUGCUCCUCCACCACCUCCCCCUCCACCAGCAGCUGACUACCCAAUGCCACCACCUCCCUUGUCCCAACCAUCUGGAGGCGCUCCUCCGCCUCCCCCUCCCCCUCCCCCUCCAGGGCCCCCACCUCUUCCCUUGGGUGGUGCUGAUGGCCAGCCUGCAGCUCCACCACCACCUCCUGUUUCUGAUGCCGCCAAGCCCAAGUCUUCGUUGCCUGCUGUGAGUGAUGCUCGUAGUGACCUGCUUUCUGCCAUCCGCCAAGGCUUUCAACUGCGAAGGGUUGAAGAGCAGCGGGAGCAAGAGAAGCGUGAUGUGGUGGGCAAUGAUGUGGCCACCAUCCUGUCCCGGCGAAUUGCUGUUGAGUACAGCGACUCAGAAGACGACUCCUCUGAAUUUGAUGAAGAUGACUGGUCGGAUUAACUGCCUUUUGCCCACAUUCCUCCUUCUGCUCUCCCCACCCGCCUUCUCAGAUACAAACUGUAACAGUCUCAUGUGGGGAAGGAAGAAAGGACAAAGAACUGCAAGGGGCCAAAGCCUUCUCUGGAACAACCAAAGAUCUAUCCGAGUGCUUCCUUCAAACUACCAUACACUUCUUCCCUGUCCCCAGCUGUGGGCUCCUGAGGGCCGUGGCUGAGCUGAUCCCUCUCCCCCUCCAGUGACUGUUCUAUGUUAACAGGAAGGAAACCCCUACAGCAGAUCCCUUUGGUUGGGUUUCAGCUGGAGAUAGUGCCUUUCCCUGAUAACCAUUCUCACCCAUGGCCUUCUUGCAUCUAGCUACUUCAAAUAAUGCUGUCCACCUCCUGGUCUUACAGCAGUGGGCACAGUCUGUGUGGACACAGCUGGUCCCUUUUCUGUGCCCUGAAACUAUAAAGCAGGCCAAGUGCCCUGGCACGUGGACUGCCACCCCCUCCCCCACACCCCGCCCUCUGCAGCAGGUAGGGCCGCUUCACUUCAGCUCGGUCUGGACGCCUUUGUUCCAGAAGGCAUCAGGCCCCUAAGACUGUCUCACUCCUCUGCCCAGAAGUGAUAUCCUGCUGAAGGCUGAGGCUGCGGCCUUCCUCCCAUGCUCCCUCUUGGUGAGUGUGGUGUUUAGAUGUCCUGUGCAUGCCCCUGCUCACCCCAGGUGCCUUAAGACUGCACAGCCCAGUUUUAACCUCUCAUAUUCGUGACCAAACGACCCUGACGCACAGGGACCUGGGCCUCUGCCGACCGUCAGGAGCAAAACUUGAAGGUGGGGCACGGUAGGACUGGAAGAGAAUGGAGCACCUUGGGUCCUGCCUGCUCAGGAUGCCGAGGCCAGGAUGAGAAGUGACUCUCUCAAGGUCACACAGGUAGUGGUAGAACAAGAGCCCAGGCUUCCUGUUUCCAAGUCACCUGUGUUUCCUGGGACCAAAUACUGAGCACCUGCUGGAGUCUGGGCAGAGCAGCCUGGCCCUGUUCUACUCCAGGCCUCCCGAAUGCAGGGGUUGCAUUGGAGGGUUCACGGCCCGUGCCAAGCUCAGCAGAACAGUUUUAACACUCGGCCUCUCUGGUAACCGUUUAUUUCUCCUUCUGUCCCCAGCCAGUCGUGUGGCACGGGAGCUGUGCUGGGAAGCAGAGUGGAGAGGAGCUGUGGGGCAGCCAGCCUUGGCAGGUGCCUGUGCAGUUCACUGCAGCUCCCUCCCCCCUUUGUUUCCUCGAUUUAAGCAUAGACUGUGCCAGCUGCAGGAAGGAACUUCAGUCCCUCAGGCUGGCAGCCACAGCAGGUACCUGCCUGGGGGAGCCUGGCAGCCAUGGAGAAGGCUGAAAGGCAGAAAGACACAGGUCUUCUGCCUCUCUACCUCACUGUGCAUGGCGAUGCUGACCCCCCCUUACCUCCCUUCCCAGAACUAAUACACGGGUGCUAUUAGUCAGGAAAAAAACUGAGCAGCUCUGGCCAGCAGCAAGGUUUCUUCUCUUCUGCCCCAACUAUUGUGUGGCCUCUUGUGCUGAAAUCGGCUUCUCUGGCUUCAGAGCCUGAAACAAAGAGAAACAGGAUCUGUCUCUACCCAGCACAGCAAAUGGUGGUAGUAAUUGCCAAAGCCCUCAUAAACCCCUCCGGCUUGAGGAGAGUGCAAUCAGGCUCUGCCGCCUGCACUUGCUGAGAACCUCCCCUCUGCCUCCUUUCCUGAACUCAGAGGUAGGGACUAAGCACAGGUGCCAGCAGGCCCUCCUGCUGUGGCUACUCCAGAGUGCUCUGUGUCUCCAUGUGUCCGCAUCCCCCACCCCGCAUCCCCCACCCCCGUCCCCCCAAAUCCAGUGUCUGGCACAGGGCUUGGCGCUCAACUCCAUGCUGUGCAUGUUUCCCACCCUGUGCCUUAGAAGCUGAAGGCUCUUUCAUCAGAACCUUAAAAUGGCUGUUGAUGGUACCCUGGCUGCAGCCCAGCAGGGGCCUGGAGAGGCUGGGGAGGGCAGUGGUCCUUCCAAAUAGAAGUCCUGGGGCCUGGCCAGGCCAGGGUUUGGGCCUAAUGGUUUUUACUAAAUUACUCCCCUCCUGCUCUCUGAGAAAGGGGAGCCAGAGCCGUUCACUGUGGUUCUGUUCCGACCUUGAAGGGGCGGUAUUGGCCUGGCUUCUGGAAUGGACAGAGUCCACCAGGAAAGACUGGGGGCGGAAGGAGAUGGGGAGGGGCCCUGUCUGCGGAAGGUAGGAUUAGAUCAUUAGCUCAGUGACCUCCUAGGGUUUCUAUGUGCUGUGUUCUCAUCCUACAGCUGGUUUGGUAAUGAUCUGCAAGUCCCGGAGAGCAACAGCACAGCUCUGCCUGACGCUCUCAUUAAAAUCCAUGCAGCCAAGCUCUGCGCUUUGUAGCAGUCGGCCUUGCAGAGCCUCCUCAGCUUGGGGGGCUGGGGACCCAGUCAGCUGAGAGGUCCCCUAGGCUCUACUUAGGCAUAUGUGUAUCCCCCACCAAAAAAAAAAUGUUUUUUAAAACAUGCUUCUUUAAACCCAGAGCCCUUUAAAAUAAUAAAGGACCCGGCGCAGGUGGGUGUGUUUGUGGAAUCCUGUAAAUGGGGAACACAAAGUUUAGUGACAUUUAAACUGGGCUGAGGCUGUAAGUGUAUAAAGCAGUGGCCCAUAAGGACUCUUAAGCGCUGAAGCCAAGGAGCCACCUCCCUUCCCAGUCUGCCUAGCCCAGGGGGCCUGCCCCCAUUCCUGUAGCCCAGGGGCCCAGCUUGCAAUUGGUAGUGUCAGAAGUGACUUGUAGCUUUGCCUUGGUUGUGAGAUGAUUUCAUUCCAGGGGAGGGGGUGGGGGGAUCCCUUGGAGGCUCAGAGCAGCUGGCCCAAGCUCCGGCUCGCCUCCAGUGGAAGCUGCAGCGCCCUCAGAAACGACCCUGGCCAAUGUCACUGCAGAGCUGAGGCGGCCUUGUCAGGGCUAAUGUGAAAUCUCUUCCCGUGGCGCCGAUCCUCUGACUCUAUAGCGCCAGCUUGGACAGAUUGAGGUCUCUGUGGCUUUGGUGACCCUGCUUAAGCAUUCCCACCGUGUCCCUGCUCUGCACGAGGACUGCCUCCUGCUGCAGCCCCUUACUUGACCUCAGGGCCUGGGGAGGGAAGCACUGGGCCAGGACCAAGCGCUCCAACUCAGGAGAUAUGUCAGCCUUUGUGGGGAGGAGGGGGUGAAGCAUUGAGCUUGGCUGGUGCCCAUCCGACCUGGGACCAGGUGUUGCACAGAGAAGUGCUUCUGUGCCUCCUGCCUCGUUCACUUUAGUGGGGCCUCAGCGAAGGCUGAGGACAAUUCUGUUCCUGUAUUAACUUUAUUCAGUUAAUUGACCUGAGGAACUAACCAAUUUUUAUUUUCUGCCUAGAAUGAUUUACACAUAGGAGAGAAAGCUAUCAUGUUACCAAAGUGCCUUGUUUUCUCUGAUAUAAAUAUAUUUAUAAGGACAUAUUCCAGUAGGUUCUUGGUGUUUCCCAUAUCAAGAUUUCCACAUAGUGGGAAUACCAGGCCCUUUUCUCCCAGAGGUUGGAAGGGGAAAUCUGAGCAGUGGAAUGAAGCCACCCCACAUGGUGCCCCCUCUGCCCUUGUCCUACAGGUAAAAGAAGAUACACACACACACAAAAAUUUUUUUGAGAUGGUGUUUCAGGUAGAUGACAUGGGCCUUGACCUUACUAUGUAGCUGAAGAUGGCCUUGAACUCCUGACCCUCUGCCUCAGCCAUGCCUGACUAGGACAUCCGAUUUUUUUUUGUUUUAAGUCUGGUUUCAUUUGCUUCACUGCCAGGCUCACAGUGUGUACCAUCGUAUUUGUACUCCUACAACCCGAAGAUUCCAUGUAACUUAUGUAUGCGCAUGAAUACUUUAAAUGCCAACAUUUUCAAUAAUUUGAUAAAGUCUUUGUAGUCAGUCA